UAUGAACUCGCAACAAGCAGCAGCAGCAGCAGCGGCAGGCGUCUCUAACGCAACAAUCUUCAAACCUCUUGGAUUUUACAUCAGAGGUUUUUCUUCUCUGCAGCAAAAUGAUUAUUAUUUCAUUUUUAUGCUAGUGUUGUACAUCUGUACGUUGCUGGCAAAUAUUUUGAUCAUGUCGAUAAUAUGGUUUACAGAGAGCCUGCAUACACCGAAGUACAUUGCUGUUUUUAGUUUAGCCGUAGUGGAUAUAAGCUACAGCACAGCACUAAUUCCGAAAUCAGUUGAUAUUUUUAUUUUUAACUCUAGGUUUGUCUUUUAUGACCCUUGUUUAACUCAGAUGUUUUUUGUACACUAUUUUUCGGCAAUGGAGUCGUUUGCGCUAUCGGUUUUAGCUUAUGACAGAUUAAUUGCUAUAUGCUUCCCUUUAAGAAGCAAUACACUUAAUACCAACAGAAGAAUGAUUUUAAUUGUCACUAUUUCGUGGACUGUUCCUUUUAUUGUUGUCCUGUCAAUGGUUUCUUUAAUAUCCCGCUUGUCCUUCUGCCGAUCUACAACUGUAAACAGUUAUUUUUGCGAUCACGGGCCAUUGUUUAAAAACGCAUGCAACGACUACUCUGUCAAUUGGUUCAUGGCUGCAUUCUACAUUGUUGUAUUAUUCUUCAUUCCUUUGUUCUUCAUCUUGAUGUCAUAUGUUUGCAUCAUAGUUUCCCUGCUGAAAAUUGCUUCCAAAAACGGGAGAAUGAAAGCAUUUAAAACUUGUACGGCUCAUUUAACCCUGGUAGCAAUUUUCUAUACUCCACUUCUGGUGACGUAUAUUAUUGCAUGGGUUAACGUGACGAUCGACACAGAUGCCAGAAUUUAUAACACGUCCCUGUCCUCGUGCAUUCCUCCUCUGGUUAACCCCAUAGUAUACACUUUAAAAACAGAAGAAAUCCUAGAACAAGUCAAAAGGUGCAUCACAAAAAGAAAAAUUGGUUUUACGCGUUAACAUGCAAUUUGCUGCUCACCCUCUGCAAACAA